AUGGCGAAGAUAAUAUCAACGAUUAAGGCGAUUCUAACGCGCCUCAUCUUCGGUGCUCACAGUUUGCUGGCCAUUUGGCAGGUGACCACAUUCAAGAAGGAUAUCAUCUAUUGGACACUAUGUGGACCAUUGCUGCUGCUGCUGCUCGAGGGCAUCUUCACCAUAAUGAUUAAGAAGACACAGGAAUGGCGCUGGUUUUGCCCCUCAGUCUUUCUUUACCUCAGCAGCAUUGUGCCGGCCAUUUGGCUGCUCGAACUGGACAAGAUUGAGCGACGUCUGGCAAAUAGUUCCUUGCCCCUUAUCAAUGUCAGCAAUGCCACCAACGAUAGCAGCAAUGCCAUCACCACCAUCAUCGGCAGCAGCUCCAGCAGCAGCAACGUUGCCGGCGUCGGCGUUGGCGGCAUCAACGCCAUCAACAGCAGCGCCAUGGCUCCGGUGGCUGAUCUGCUCGAUGAUGCCGGCAUCACAUUGCCCGUCAUCAAUCCCGAUACAUGGAUUACACUCAUCGAACAGUUCCUUAUGCUUAUCCUGAUCGUGGGCCGUUGGCUGCUGCCCAAAGGCGACUUGACACGGGAUCAGCUCAGCCAAUUGUUGUUGGUCUACAUUGGCACAGCUGCGGAUAUAAUCGAGUUCUUUGACUCCUACAAAGAUGAUUCGAUUGCACGCAUUGAUUUCCUGGUCUUCCUCACUCUGGGCAUUUGGUCGUGGAGUCUGAUGCAAUUCACAAUUGUGCUGUCUGCCACAAGGGGCAGGCGACCACGAGGCAGUGGCUCUCACCAUAAGGAGGAACACACGGAUUGCUGCCAGAAUUGCUGUUGCGGCAUCGAUGUGUGGGGAAUCGUCCUUAACGUUAUACUACAGGAUGCACCUUUUCUUACCUUUCGACUGCUGAUUAUAUUCCAGUAUAGAAUCAUCAACUAUAUGAAUGUUUUUUUCACUUGUAAGAACUCCUUGGUUAUUAUACUCCAAUUAUAUCGCCUAUAUGUGGUAAAUGCAGAGUUUUGGAAGAGUCGCCGAGAGAGUCGCAUGGAGAAGGCGCGUCAGUAUCAGUCGCGACGUCGGGUUCACGAUUCUGAUCAGAACAGCAUCUAUAUGAUAUCUAAUGAACGCGGCGGCGAUGUCAGAAAGAAGAUUAAGAAAGCCAAAGAUAGAGAUCGCGAUUUCGUUGAGACCGAGGCCAGCUAUAGCAAAAAGAAGAAGGACAAAAAAGACAAAAAAAAGCGAAAGAAAAAGGACACAGGUUAUUCCACUGCCAGCUCACAGAAUCUGUACUCGACCAAGGGUGGCAAGGACAACAAAAAGGGCAAGAAAUCAAAGCGAAACUGCAGCAGCUCUCCCAGCGACUGUGAAAUAAAUGCCAAGAAACAGAAGCGCGGCAAGAACGCCGACAAGGUUGACAAAAAGAAAUCACGAAAAAUCGAAGCUGUUGCUGAAGAGUCGACAAGCACGAGCAGCAGCAGCUCUGACUCGAGCAACUCAACGCUGCCCAGCUAUGAGGUGAUUGAUGAGAAGAAGUCGCGACGCCGCAAACAUGGUCGCAGCAGCGAUUCCAGUUCCAGUGACAGCAGCUCGGACUCCUCGUCAUCCUCCUCGUGAACUGCCCGAUGUGGCCAAUUGUUUAUUUUUGUUAAUAAGGACCAACGGCAUCUUCGUUUGCGGACUCCGCUGCGAAUGCAACGUUUGGUUAGCGAAACAUUUUUUGUGACAGUCAAACACAUUUUUGGCUAAAAGACGCUGGUCAAUAGGAUAAAUUCCUUGGCAACCAGUUGUCGUUUUUUGUGUGACCCCGUGAGUGGUCUAAAGAAUUUGUAGAUAUAAGCAAACAUAUAUUUUCAUAUGUUUAUCUUGAACGAAAUUUGAAUGUAAUAAAGUGGCGCCUUGAUUUUCAAAACGAGUUGG